AUGUUCAUUUUUUGUUUUCUUUCUCCUUUUCACUUUGUCCUUCUUGGAAAGAUGCAGUUACUGCUUUUCCUUCUCUUCUCUACUUACCCUCUCUCUCAGCCUUCAGUGAAUCUGCUUUUCCUUCUCUUCUCUACUUACCCUCUCUCUCAGCCUUCAGUGAAUCUGCUUUUCCUUCUCUUUUCUACUUACCCUCUCUCUCAGCCUUCAGUGAAUCUGCUUUUCCAUCUCUUCUCUACUUACCCUCUCUCUCUCAGCCUUCACCUCUCAGCCUUCAGUGAAUCUGCUUUUCCUUCUCUUUCUACUUACCCUCUCUCUCAGCCUUCAGUGAAUCUGCUUUUCCAUCUUCUCUUUUCUAGCCUUCACCUUUUCCUUCUCUUCUCAGCCUUCUCUCAGCCUUCAGUGAAUCUGCUUUUCCUUCUCUUCUCUCUCUCUCUCAGCCUUCAUGAAUCUGCUUUUCCUUCUCUUCUCUACUUAACCUCUCUCUCUCAGCCUUCAGUGAAUCUGCUUUUCUUUCUCUUCUCUACUUACCCUCUCUCUCAGCCUUCAGUGAAUCUGUUUUUCCUUCUCUUCUCUACUUACCCUCUCUUUCAGCCUUCAGUGAAUCUGCUUUUCCUUCUCUUCUCUACUUACCCUCUCUCUCAGCCUUCAGUGAAUCUGCUUUUCCUUCUCUUCUCUACUUACCCUCUCUCUCAGCCUUCAGUGAAUCUGCUUUUCCUUCUCUUCUCUACUUACCCUCUCUCUCAGCCUUCAGUGAAUCUGUUUUUCCUUCCUUGUCUUUGCUUUCUGCCCUGGAUUUGGACAGUUGAGUUAUCCUUUUUCAUUUCUGUUGAACAAACGCAGACCUUGCUGUAUUUGAAUUCUUUCUUGUUGCUCUAUUCAUUGUUUUUGCAUGUUAACAUUCAUUUGCAGAAACACCAUCAUGAUGACCUAUGCUAUCAUAUAUUACCAGAAUUGACACCAGAAGAAAUGUCAGAAGCAGAGAAACAAAGAAGUCAGGAGAAUUUAGAUAAAGACACUCACUGUUACCUUGCUUGGAAGAUGGACUGGAAAUUUAGAGAAAUACUAAACAAGAAGACACCCAACUAUCUGCAACAUUUGAAAACUCUUCCUUCCUAUGAUGCUACAGAUUCUAUUUACCAGAGAACCAAAUGGUCCCAUUGCAGCAUGCAUCCUCCACAAAUUCAUAAUUUCUUUAAAAAGCUUAAAGGUGUUGCUGAAAAUCCUGAUUGCAAAUCUGAUGGUAUCAGUGAUACUGAUUCUAUAAGAACUGAAGAUUUUGAAAGCCGAUUCACAGAACUCUUAGUGCCAGCACCAUCCAUUGGAAGUGAAAGCCAAGAAACAAUUGUGGCUGAUGUUGGGGAUGGAGCAGAAACUGAUGACCAUAAUGAUAUCACAAUUACUAAAGAAGAACUACUUAAGUCUAUGUCCAUUGAAAAGCCACCUGCUGCAAGCAUAGAACAUUCUGAUCUUCACAAGUGGUUGACACCAGAUAGUGAAAAACAAAGGUAA